AUGGGGCGGCUUUGCUCUGGGCUCACGUUCCCUGUGAGCUGUCUGAUCCUGAUGUGGGCAGCAGGCUCUGGGAGCGUCAGGGUCCUGCGUGCGCCCACCUGCUUCUCUGACUACUUCAGCACCUCCGUCUGCCAGUGGAACAUGGAUGCGCCCACGAACUGCAGCGCUGAGCUCCGCCUGUCCUACCAGCUGAACUUCAUGGGGUCCGAAAACCGCACGUGUGUCCCUGAGAACGGAGAAGGCGCGGCGUGUGCGUGCAGCAUGCUGAUGGACGACUUGGUCGACGCGGACGUGUAUCAGCUGCAUCUGUGGGCGGGGACGCAGUUGCUGUGGAGCGACUCCUUCAAGCCCAGCAGUCACGUGAAACCCAGGGCUCCCGGAAACCUCACGGUUCACCCCAACGUCUCCCACACGUGGCUGCUGAGGUGGAGCAACCCUUACCCCCCUGAGAACCACCUGCACGCCGAGCUCACCUACAUGGUCAACAUCUCGAGUGAAGACGACCCCACGGAUGUGAGUGUGUGCGCCUCGGGGUUUCUCUGCCACCUCUUGGGACUCAGGAUUAAGAAAGAAUGGUGGGACCAGAUUCCCAACCCCGCCCACAGCCACCUAGUGGCGAUAGUCAUCCAGGACCCACAGGUGUCGCUGUGGGGGAAGCGGUCCCGAGGCCAGGAACCAGCCAAGUGCCCACACUGGAAGACUUGUCUUAGGAAGCUCCUGCCCUGUUUACUGGAACACGGCAUGGAAAGGAAAGAGGAUCCCUCCAAGAUUGCCAGAAAUGGGCCUUCGCAGGGUUCUGGAAAAUCAGCAUGGUGCCCCGUGGAGGUCAGCAAGACGAUCCUCUGGCCCGAGAGCAUCAGCGUGGUGCGAUGUGUGGAGCUCCUGGAGGCCCCAGUGGAGAGCGAGGAGGAGGAGGAGGAGGAGGAAAGGAGCUUCUGCCCAUCGCCUGUGAACCGCGAGGACAGCUUCCAGGAGGGCAGGGAGGGCAUCGCGGCCCGGCUGACAGAAAGCCUCUUCCUGGACCUUCUCGGGGUUGAGAAAGGGGGCUUUGGCCCACAGGGCUCGCUGGAACCGUGGUUUCCUCCUCCUUCGGGAAGUGCAGGUGCUCAGAUGCCCCGGGCUGAGUUUCCGGGUCCGGGGCCCCAGGAGGCAUCGCCCCAGGGCAAGGAGCAGCCUUUCGACCCCCGGUCCGAUCCUCUGGCCACUCUGCCCCAGAGCCCAGCCAGCCCGACUUUCCCAGAGACGCCCCCGGUCGUCACAGACAACCCCGCCUACCGCAGCUUCGGGACCUCCCAGGGCCAGUCCUCAGGUCCCGGCGAGUGUGACUCGGGCCCCGAGCUGGCGGGACGCCUGGGGGAGGCGGACCCCGGCCUCCCCGCCGCCCCCCAGCCUUCGGAGCCGCCUUCCGCGCUCCAGUCCGAGCCAGAGACCUGGGAGCAGAUUCUGCGUCAGCGAGUCCUGCAGCACAGGGGGGCCCCGGCCCCGGCCCCCGGCAGCGGCUACCGAGAGUUUGUGUGUGCCGUGAGGCAGGGCAGCACCCAGGACAGCGGGGUGGGGGGCUUCGGCCCUUCGGAGGAGGCCGGGUACAAGGCCUUCUCGAGUCUGCUCACUAGCAGUGCCGUCUGCCCAGAGACGUCCGGGGGUGAGGCCGGCAGUGGGGACGGGGGUUACAAGCCCUUCCAGAGCCUCACUCCUGGCUGCCCUGGGGCCCCAGUCCCCGUCCCCCUGUUCACCUUCGGACUGGACUCGGAGCCACCUCAUUGCCCGCAGGACUCCCCCCUCCCGGGCAGCUCCCCAGAGCCAGCAGGGAAGGCGCAGGACAGCCACAAGACCCCGCCGGCCCCGGAGCAGGCCGCAGACCCCCUCCGGGACGACCUGGCCAGCGGCAUUGUCUACUCAGCCCUCACCUGCCACCUGUGUGGCCACCUGAAGCAGUGUCACGGCCAGGAGGAGGGUGGUGAGGCCCACCCCGUGGCCAGCCCCUGCUGCGGCUGCUGCUGUGGAGACAGGUCCUCGCCGCUGGUGAGCCCUCUGAGGGCCCCGGACCCCCUGCCAGGUGGGGUGCCCCUGGAGGCCAGCCUCUCUCCAGCCUCCCCGGCACCCUUGGCUGUCUCAGAGGAGGGCCCGUCCUCCCUGUGCUUCCAGCCUGCCCUGAGCCAUGCUCACAGCUCAAGCCAGACCCCCAAAAAGGUGGCCAUGCUCUCCCCAGAGCCCACGUGCACGAUGGCUUCCUAG